GAGACAGGUCCACACUGGAAUAAAGAGAGCAUUCUGUCACUGGGAAAACUGGCUUUUCAACAGCUUGUGAAGGGCAAUCUGAUUUUCUAUGAAGAAGACCUGAAAGAGGCUGGUAUUGAUGUUAAUGAAGCCUCAGUGUACUCAGGAUUGUGCACACAGCUCUUUAAAGAGGAAUGUGGGCUGUACCAGGACAAGGUGUACUGCUUUGUUCAUCUGAGCAUUCAGGAGUUUCUGGCUGCUGUAUAUGUGUUCCUCAACAACAAUGAGAAUCGAAUGAACAAACUGCAAACAAAAGACGAGCCUGAAGUUACUUUCUACAAGAGUGCUGUGGAUAAAGCCUUACAAAGUGAGACAGGAAACUUGGACCUUUUCCUCCGCUUCCUUCUGGGCCUCUCACUGGAGUCCAAUCAGAAGCACUUACGAGGUCUACUGACAAAGACAAGAAGCAGCUCACAGAGCCAUGAAGAAACAGUCAAGUACAUCAAGGAGAAGAUCAGGGAGAAUCCCUCUCCAGAGAGGUGCAUCAAUCUGUUCCACUGUCUGAAUGAACUGAAUGACCAUUCUCUAGUGGAGGAGAUCCAAAGCUAUCUGAGAUCAGGAAGUCUUUCAGAAGCCAAACUGUCACCUGCACAGUGGUCAGCUCUGGUCUUUGUGUUGCUGACUUCAGAAAAGGAGCUGGAUGUGUUUGACCUGAAGAAAUACUCCAGAUCAGAGGAAGGUCUUCUGAGGCUGCUGCCAGUGGUCAAAGCCUCCAGAGCUGUUCUGCUGUCAGGCUGUGGAGUCACAGAGGAAGGCUGUGCUUCUCUGGUCUCAGCUCUGAGGUCAAACCCUUCACACCUGAGAGAGCUGGACCUGAGUAACAAUGACCUGAAGGAUUCAGGAGUGAAGCGUCUCUCUGCUGGACUGGGGAAUCCCCACUGUAAACUGGAGACUCUGAGGCUGUCACGCUGUCUAGUCACAGAGGAAGGCUGUGCUUAUCUGGUCUCAGCUCUGAGGUCAAACCCCUCACACCUGAGAGAGCUGGACCUGAGCUACAAUCACCCAGGAGUCUCAGGAGUCAGACUGCUCUCUGCUGGACUGGAGGAUCCACACUGCAGACUGGAGAUUCUCAAGUAUGUAGAGGAUUGUGGAACAUGGUGGAGAGUACACAAUGAAACCUGGACUUAGAAAAUGUGAGUAUUGACUGCUGUGAAGAAUAUGACUAAGAAUAAGUCUUAAUCAAGUUAAGUCAAAGUCAAAGACCACCAUCAUUACUUACUUGGUCAUAUUAAAUAUCAGCUGUAGUUCUACAGAAGCUGAAAUCAGGGACACCAAAGUUUACUAAGAGUUGUUUUGACAAUGUGUGUGUCUGUGUGUGAGUGCAUGUGUGUGGCGUGUUCAUGUUACAUAAGAAAUGUGUGUUUGUGUUAAUGCAUGCAUACAGGUGUGUGUGUGUGUGUGUGUGUGUGUGGCGUGUUCCUAUUACAUUAGAAAUGUGUGUGUGUGUAAUUUAUGUGAAUAAGUGU